AUGACUAUCGUCAAGGUUCUGCAGCGUGUCGCGAGACAACGACCACGGCAUGUCGUGUCACUGAGGCGCGGGCUCGCUAGCGUCUCUACAGCGCCCAUUGAGGCCCCGUUGAGUCGCUUUGAACCUGACCUCAAGGUUGACUAUACCGCCUUCACCAACAGAGUUGCAACUCUGAGAAGACAACUUGGCCGGCCACUGACAUAUGCGGAAAAAGUUUUGUUUUCUCAUUUGGAUAGCUUGGAGUAUGACCGCAUUGACCGUGGAAAGACGCAACUAUCCCUCAGACCCAGGCGCAUAGCCUGCCAAGAUGCCACUGCACAAAUGGCCUUGAUCCAAUUCAUGUCUGCUGGACUAGAUGCGACAUCAGUACCCACAACCGUACAUUGCGAUCACUUGAUAGUUGGCAGAGACGGCCAAGACAAAGAUUUGCCCAAUGCCCUCACAACGCAUGGAGAAGUUUAUGACUUCAUGUCAAGCGCAUGUCGGAGAUACAACAUGGGCUUUUGGAAGCCUGGCGCCGGAAUCAUACAUCAAACCGUUCUUGAAAAUUAUGCAUAUCCCGCAGGCAUGAUGGUUGGCACGGAUUCUCACACGCCAAAUGCAGGCGGACUUGGUAUGAUCGCUAUAGGCGUCGGUGGUGCUGAUGCCGUCGAUAUUAUGGCGGGCCUGACAUGGGAACUGACUGCUCCCAAAAUCAUUGGUGUCAAGCUGUCUGGCAAAUUGUCCGGCUGGGCGACACCUAAAGGCUAG